AUGUUGACUCGUUUCCUCUUUUUGGCCCCGCUCUUGGCCUCGACCGCCCUCGGCAGGACUUCGGAACGUCCCAUUGAUGGCGACACGUCCAUCAUCGCGCACACGGGAGAACCUGUUGGUGCCGAGGAGGUCGUCGGUGGAACAACAUACUACAUCACCAAACCAGGGGCCGAUGCACCAGACACGAAUGGCGCAGCGGUUCUCUACUUGACUGACGUGUUCGGAAUUAACCUUACCGAGAACAAACUUCUCUCGGACUCGUUUGCCCGUGCUGGUUUCGUCACCGUUGCUCCUGAUCUCUUUCAAGGAAGUCCUGCACCAUCGGACCUGAAUGACCCUACCUUCAACACGACUGCGUUCCUUGCCGCACAUGGUCCGAAUGUCACCGACCCCAUUGUCGAGGGUGCUAUCAACUAUUUGCGCAACACCCUCAACGUCAGCAGGGUUGCCGUGACGGGCUACUGCUUCGGCGGGCGCUACUCGUUCCGCUUCGUCGACGCCGCCAGAACGGUAAAGGCUGAUGUAGCGUUCGCGGCCCAUCCGAGUGCCUGGCAGGAUGGAGAAGUCAGCGCGAUUGGGGCCGCCACAGCGGUGGCUACUGCCGACCAGGACAGUCUCCUGCCAGCGUCCCUAAGGGCCCAACUCGAGGCUCUGCUGCUCAACAUCAGCUCGCCUUAUCAGGUGAACCUGUACAGUGGAGUUCAGCACGGGUUUGGAGUUCGUGCAAACGUUUCGGACCCGGUCCAGAAGUUCGCCAAAGAGUCUGCGUUUCUGCAGGCUGUUCGGUGGUUUAACAACUUCUAA